AUGGAAGCUGGCCCACGAAGUAACAGGUCACGAGCUAGCCAGCUAGCUGUGGAGUCCGUAGCAGUCGCAGGUCGCAGACUCGCAGACUCGCAGCUCGUUGCAGCAGCGCCAGCAGCGCCAGCACCAGAUGAGGAUCGAGUCUGUUGGAGCUUACCCGACACUACGACUACGACUUCUGGCUCCCACGACAGCAUUCAACUAGCACAUCUCGCAAAGAGAAGUGGUUGUCAGAUUAAGGAUCGCAGGCCACAAAGCCACUCGCGGAAGUGGGUUAGCUCGCCGGGCACUUUCUUCCCCCUCAAAACAAAAGCCAAAGGUUAA